AAGAUUUAGCCGGGGUGCCCCGCAGGCUUACUGUACACAUACUAGGGCCCAGGACAGCCAGAUCCAGCCAGUGGCUGCAGCCCGAGCCCUCGGCAAACUGACCUGACCAUCUUGGACAAUGCUGCUUUCCCUGUGCACCUAUUUCCUCUGGCUGUCCACCAGUAACCUCUGGACUGUCCAGGCUAAGGACCCAGAUACUGAUGUGAGCAAGAGGAGCCCUCACCGGGACUUGGCUCCAAACAAUGUUGACUUUGCCUUUAUCCUAUAUAGGCAUCUUGUGGCUUCAGCUCCUGGAAAGAAUGUCUUCAUCUCCCCUGUGAGCAUCUCCAUGGCCUUAGCUAUGCUGUCUCUGGGAUCCUGUGGCCACACACGGGUCCAACUCCUCCAAGGCCUGGGCUUCAACCUCACCAAUAUAUCUGAAGCUGAGAUUCACCAGGGCUUUAAGCACCUUCACCACCUCUUCGAGAAGGAGUCAGACACCAUGUUGGAAAUGGUUAUGGGUAAUGCUUUGUUCCUUGACCGCAGCCUGGAGCUUCUGGAGUCAUUCUCAGCAGACACCAAGCACUACUAUGAGUUGGAGGCUUUGGCUAUAGAUUUCAAGGAUGGGGCUGGAGCCAGCAGACAAAUCAAUGAGUAUAUCAAAAAUAAGACACAAGGGAAAAUUGUGGACUUGAUAUCAAAGGUGGAUAGUUCAGCCAUGCUCAUCCUGGUCAACUACAUCUUCUUCAAAGGCACAUGGGAACGGCCCUUCAACCUGGAGAGCACCAGGGAGGAAAACUUCUACGUGAACAAGACCACCGUGGUGAGAGUGCCCAUGAUGGUCCAGUCGGGCCCCAUCAAGUACUUUCAAGACCCAGUGCUCCCCUGUCAGCUGGUCCAACUGGAGUAUAUGGGCAAUGAGACUGUCUUCUUUGUCCUCCCAGAAGAGGGAAAGAUGGACACAGUCAUCACCGCGCUGAGCAGAGGCACCAUUCAGAGGUGGUCUGAGUCCCUGACCACGGGCAGCCAGGUAAACCUGUUCAUCCCAAAGGUGACCAUCUCCGGAGCCUACGACCUCAGGACCAUCCUGGGGGCCAUGGGCAUUGCAGACUUCCUCAGCAAGGAGGCGGAUUUCUCCGGCAUCGCCCGAGAGCCCCAGCUGACAUUGUCAGAGGUGGUUCAUAAGGCUGUGCUGCAACUCGAUGAAAAGGGCUUGGAAACCGCCGACUCCCCCAGGGUCAUGCUGCGCACGGCGUCCGAGCCUCUCACCUUCCGCUUCAACCGCCCGUUCAUUAUCAUGAUCUUCAACCACUUCACGUGGAGCAGCCUCUUCCUGGGCAAGGUUGUGAAUCCGACCUAAGGGCGCCCCCCACCCCCCGGGAGCCACAGCCCCGGCUGACCCUGCGCACCAGAGAGCCCAC